CGCACCACGCAUCUAUCGCGCGCAGGACCUAUGUAGUACUGCAAUGGAUCAUCCCGAAGAUGCGCAGGUGCAGGGGAGCCGGGUUGCCGCCGAUGAUAGUGCCUGGGGCGGCGUGGAGGAGAACAUCGAUGAUCCCGAAGAGGUUCGCGUCAUCUUUUGUGCGCUGGAUUCAUUCUUCCAGUAUGCCAAAGUUGCCCACUUCAACGUCACCCACCUCCGCCGCCAGUCCUUCUACGCCCUGCCCCAGGCCCACUGGAAGCUCCUCGCCGCGCCUCCCUUUAACUUCCUAGACACUCUCGAGAAGACCGAUGAGGCCAUCGAUGCCAACGCCGAUCUCGCUCGUACCAUCGCCAAAUUCGGCCUGCAGUCGUUUGCCUCCAUCGCCGCCAGCCCGGAUGGCCCCGAGCCCGCCAUGCCCCAUCAAUGGGCUGGUGUCGCUAAGCAUGCUGACACUGACAAGGCCCGGAGCACCAUCCGUCAAUUGUACCGCGACUGGACUGAGGCUGGUGCCGCGGAGCGUGAGGCCUGCUAUGGCCCGGUUUUGAAGGCCGUCGAGGCGGAGAAGGAGAAGUAUCCCGAAAGGGGACCCCUGAAAGUGCUGGUCCCUGGAGCUGGUCUGGGCCGCCUUGUCUUCGAGCUGGUUGCUCGCGGCUUUACGGCUGAGGGCAACGAGAUCUCCUACCACCAACUCCUAGCCUCUUCGUACAUCCUCAAUGGAUGUCGUACCGCCGGCCAACACACAAUCUAUCCCUGGGUUCAUAGCUUCUCCAACCACCUUACCCGGGAAAACCACCUCCGGAGCUAUAGCGUCCCGGACAUUCACCCAGGCACCACGCUGGCCAGCGUCUCCAACCCCGGGUCUAUGUCCAUGUGCGCUGCCGACUUCCUUUGCCUAUACGCCGACGAGGAACACAAGGACCAGUACGACAUCGUGGCUAGCGUAUUCUUCCUCGACACUGCUCCAAACUUGAUCCGCUACCUCGAGGUCAUCCUCCACUGCCUCCGGCCCGGAGGCGUCCUCAUCAACAUCGGCCCUCUGCUGUGGCACUUUGAAAACAACGCCCCGGGGAACCACGGCCACGACGACGAUGGCGAUGGCGAGCACGACUACAACAACUCGUCCGGCAUUGCCGAUCCGGGUAGCUUUGAGCUGUCUGACGACGAGGUCAUAGCCCUCCUCGAGAAGCUGGGCUUUGUCGUCGAGUGGCGCCAGACGGGGAUCGAGGCACCAUACAUCCAGGACCGCGAGAGCAUGCUCCAGACGACGUACAAGGCCAGUGCGUGGGUUGCACGCAAGCCGCUCGAGCCAGAAGCAGAAAAAUGACACGAACGGAAAGGCUAGAGUGAGAUGGAUGCAUUCAUGGCGGUAGAGGUGUACACGGAACUGUGAUUUUAUAGAGCGUGUAUGAAUAAU